UCCCCACCGCGACGGCUGAACCCCAGACACGCGCUCGCGCGCAGGUGCCGGAGCCGGACGAAUCGCGGCGAGGGGGCAAGAGAGGGAGCGGAGGCGGAGGCGAAGGAGAUUCGGCGAACAUGAAGUACGUCCUGGUGACCGGCGGCGUGGUGAGCGGCCUCGGGAAGGGGGUGACGGCCAGCAGCAUCGGCGUCGUGCUCAAGGCGUGCGGCCUCCGCAUUACCUCCAUCAAGAUCGAUCCUUACCUUAACACUGAUGCUGGAACUAUGUCUCCUUUUGAACAUGGUGAAGUGUUUGUGCUAGAUGAUGGUGGCGAGGUGGACUUGGAUCUUGGGAACUAUGAGAGAUUUCUGGACAUUAAACUGACUCGUGAUAAUAACAUCACUACCGGAAAGAUUUACCAGUCUGUUCUUGAGAAGGAGAGAAAGGGAGAAUACCUUGGAAAGACUGUGCAGGUUGUCCCACACAUUACAAAUGCCAUACAAGAUUGGAUUGAGCGUGUUGCUGCUGUUCCUGUUGAUGGCAAGGAGGGACCUGCCGAUGUCUGUGUGAUAGAACUUGGUGGCACUAUAGGGGAUAUUGAAUCCAUGCCAUUUAUCGAAGCUCUAGGUCAAUUCUCCUAUCGUGUUGGGGCUGGUAAUUUCUGUCUGGUACAUGUCAGCCUUGUUCCGGUAUUAAAUGUUGUCGGUGAGCAGAAAACUAAGCCAACUCAACACAGUGUACGUGGUUUGAGAGGACUUGGUCUCACGCCAAAUAUGUUAGCUUGUCGCAGUACUAAGGUGCUGGAGGAAAACGUGAAAGACAAACUCUCUCAGUUUUGUCAUGUGCCGGCUGCUAAUAUUUUCACUCUAUAUGAUGUUUCAAACAUUUGGCAUAUUCCUUUGCUGUUACGGGACCAAAAAGCACAUAACGCUAUUCUUAAAGUUCUCAAUCUUGAAAGCGUUGCUCGGGAGCCGAAGUUAGAUGAGUGGGUGGCAAGAGCUACUUUAUAUGACACUCUACAGGAUGAAGUCAGAAUUGCUAUGGUGGGAAAGUACACCGGUCUAGCUGAUUCGUACCUUUCUGUGUUAAAGGCUCUUCUGCAUGCUUCUGUCUCUUGCCGCAAAAAACUUGUCGUAGAUUGGGUUGCUUCCACUGAUCUUGAGGAUUCAACUGCCAAGGAGGCGCCUGAUGCUUACAACAGAGCAUGGAGCUUAUUGAAGGGUGCAGAUGGUGUUUUAGUGCCCGGUGGCUUUGGAGACAGAGGUGUUAAAGGGAAAAUGAUGGCUGCUAAGUAUGCCCGUGAAAACAAUGUCCCCUAUCUUGGGAUAUGCCUUGGUAUGCAGCUUGCUGUUGUAGACUUUGCACGUCAUGUUAUGAACUUCCCUGAUGCAGACAGCGCAGAAUUUAAUCCCGAUACGAAGACCCCGUGUGUUAUUUUUAUGCCAGAGGGUUCCACAACACAUAUGGGUGGGACCAUGCGCCUUGGAUCAAGGAGAACAUUUUUCGAGGUUACUGACUGCACAUCUGCCAAGCUCUAUGGUGAUGUCAAGUUCGUAGAUGAGAGGCACCGGCACAGAUAUGAGGUAAAUCCUGAUAUGGUGCCAGCAUUUGAAAAAGCUGGGCUUCAGUUUGUUGGCAAAGACGAAACUGGAAAGAGAAUGGAGAUCAUUGAAAUACCCAAUCACCGAUUCUUCGUUGGCGUCCAAUUCCAUCCGGAGUUCAAGUCAACACCCUCAAAGCCUUCACCUCUAUUUGUCGGAUUGAUCGCUGCGUCAUGCGGGCAGCUGGACCGGGUGCUUCGAGACGACUGCAAUGGCCACACCGUCGCGGCUAAACAGACAAUCAGCAAUGGCUCCUUGUCACCCCCAGUACGUGAGAACGGGCACGUGAAGAAGCAAGCCAAUGGGACAGCCAACGGAAGCUGCCGUGCCAACGGCAACGGCAAGCACUGCUGACGCAUGGUCGGCCUUGCCAAGGGUCCCACUGAUUGCUACAUCUGCUGAGUCGAUAUAUAAUACGGACCAUCUGUCCCAAGUGGAUGGUUCAGUGCUGACUUACUGCUGGCUCAGCAGGAGUUGUUUUUUUGUUGACUGAAGGAAGGGACCGAGGUUGGUAUAACUGAGAAAGGCAGGAUAGCGGCGCUCCGAGUUCCUCCAUUUCCUAUCGGUGAUGCGGUUUAAAAAGGCCAAAUAGGCGACUUUUUGUAUCUCAGACUAUCGAAUGAUAUUUACCCCCAUUUGCUGUUUUCAGAGUCUUUAUUAGCUGGUUUUGAGAAUUGUUAGUCAGUUUCUGUAUUUGGACACAUUAGAACUGGAUCAGUGCUUUGGACCAUAAUCAUGCAGCUCAGAAUAAAACUUUCAAGUCGUUUGUAUAUA